AUGACGCCGCAUCUCUUUGUUGGUCCAGCGGCAGCUGCGCUCAUGUUGUUGUAGCUAGCUACUCUCUCUCUCCGGAAAUAUUUUUUUCUCUUUCGAAAUAUUUCGUCUCUUGUUUCGUUGCGGCCUGUACACAUCCUCGUAUCUAGCGUUUGGUGUCAUACCUUGUCACAAUAUCAAGUUAACCGAGUAAUGGACUCAGACGAAGGGUACAAUUAUGAAUUCGACGAGGAGGAAGAGGAAUGCAGCGAAGACAGCGCUGAGGAGGAUCCCGAAGACGACACCCUGGAAGUGGAGUUGGAUGAUCCUGUUGUGGCCGGUGGAGAGCGAGAUGAAUGUGGGGAGACCGGGGGCAGUGGCCUAGGGCCCGGUCAAGACGAGGAGGACUAUCGGUUCGAGGUUCUGACUGCUGAACAGAUCCUUCAGCAUAUGAUCGAGUGUAUCAGGGAGGUCAAUGAUGUCAUCCAGAACCCUGCAACGAUAACAAGAAUACUUCUUAGUCACUUCAAUUGGGACAAAGAGAAACUGAUGGAAAGAUAUUUUGAUGGGAACCUUGACAAAUUGUUCUCGGAAUGCCAUGUCAUCAACCCCAGUAAGAAGUCGAGGACACGGCUGAUGAACACGAGGUCCUCUGCUCAGGAUCUUCCCUGUCAGAUCUGCUACCUGAACUACCCAAACACGUACUUCACUGGCCUGGAGUGUGGACACAAGUUCUGCAUGCAGUGUUGGGGGGACUACUUGACUACCAAAAUCAUCGAGGAGGGGAUGGGACAGACAAUUUCCUGCCCUGCUCACAGCUGUGAUAUAUUGGUGGACGACAACACAGUCAUGAGACUGAUCACAGAGUCCAAGGUGAAGUUGAAGUACCAACACUUGAUUACCAAUAGUUUUGUAGAGUGCAAUCGACUGUUAAAAUGGUGCCCGGCGCCAGACUGCCAUCAUGUAGUCAAAGUCCAGUACCCAGAUGCUAAGCCUGUGAGAUGCACAUGUGGCCGGCAGUUCUGCUUCAAUUGUGGUGAGAACUGGCAUGAUCCCGUCAAGUGUAAGUGGUUGAGGAAAUGGAUCAAGAAGUGUGACGAUGACAGCGAGACGUCCAACUGGAUCGCAGCCAAUACAAGGGAGUGCCCCAAAUGCCACGUGACCAUUGAGAAGGACGGCGGCUGCAACCACAUGGUGUGUCGGAACCAGAGCUGCAAGGCAGAGUUCUGCUGGGUCUGCCUGGGGCCCUGGGAACCACACGGCUCUGCCUGGUACAACUGCAACCGCUACAAUGAGGAUGAUGCCAAGGCAGCGAGGGACGCCCAAGAGAGCCAGGCGUUCUCCCUCCUCCUCCUCCUCCUCCAGCGGUCCAGGGCAGCCCUGCAGAGGUACCUGUUCUACUGCAACCGUUACAUGAACCACAUGCAGUCGCUGCGCUUCGAGCACAAGCUGUACGCCGGGGUCAAGGCCAAGAUGGAGGAGAUGCAGCAUCACAACAUGUCCUGGAUCGAGGUGCAGUUCCUGAAGAAGGCCGUGGACGUGCUGUGUCAGUGUCGCUCCACACUCAUGUUCACCUACGUCUUCGCCUUCUACCUCAAGAAGAACAACCAGUCCAUCAUCUUUGAGAACAACCAGUCCAUCAUCUUUGAGGUAACUUUACAGCUAUAGUCCUAACCCAAACCCUUCUACCUGAAGAACAACCAGUCCAUCAUCUUUGAGGUAACUUUACAGCUAUAGUCCUAACCCAAACCCUUCUACCUGAAGAACAACCAGUCUAUCAUCUUUGAGGUAACUUUACAGCUAUAGUCCUAACCCAAACCCUUCUACCUGAAGAACAACCAGUCCAUCAUCUUUGAGGUAACUUUACAGCUAUAGUCCUAACCCAAACCCUUCUACCUGAAGAACAACCAGUCUAUCAUCUUUGAGGUAACUUUACAGCUAUAGUCCUAACCCAAACCCUUCUACCUGAAGAACAACCAGUCUAUCAUCUUUGAGGUAACUUUACAGCUAUAGUCCUAACCCAAACCCUUCUACCUGAAGAACAACCAGUCCGUCAUCUUUGAGGUAACUUUACAGCUAUAGUCCUAACCCAAACCCUUCUACCUGAAGAACAACCAGUCCGUCAUCUUUGAGGUGAGGGAGGGUAGAGAAGGGAGGGGGGAAAGAGAGAGAAGGAAGAGAGUGAGAGUAUUCUAUUUAGCUUGUUUCAGUUGCUCCAGUAACUGUUGUUACAGUUGUAUACAGUACAGCCAUGAUGUAUUUCUACACCUACAAGUCAAGGUCUCCUCUCUAAAGGUACCCUGUAUUUCCACAGUUGUUGUCAUGAGGGGAAGUUCCUGUUUGUGUAGUUCUAUCAGGACAAGUAGUGGCACUAUACUAUAUACACUGAGUGUACGAAACCCAGCAGCGUUGGGCACUCAAACCGGUGCGCAUGGCACCUACUACUAUACACUGUUUAAAGGCACUUAAAUAUUGAGUCUUUCUCAUUCACACUCAAUUGGACACACACAAUCCAUGUCUCAAGUCUUAAAAAUCCUUCUUUAACCUGUCCUCCUCUUCAUCUACUGAUUUGAAGUGGAUUUAACAAGUGACAUCAAUAAGGGAUCAUAUCUUUCACCUGGUCAGUCUGUCAUAGAAAGAGCAGGUGUUCUUAAUGUUUUGUACAUUCAGUGUAUAUGCUGUGACUGAACCCAAGCGGUCCU